UGGAGAUCCGUUCGCCGUUUGUUGUUCUCCAUAACAUGGUGCGCGAAGACCGAUGUCCGAGGUCGUAUGACCAGGAAUGGUUCCCAGCAAGCAUAGCUUUAGAGAGAAAAGCGAUCUAACGAAUAGACGUGUCCGAGUUUUAAGUUGGACUAAGUCCCUCAGGGUUAUGAUGAUAGUGAGUGCCUGAGACAUGGUCAAGAACUGGUGACAUGACAGACCGAUAGCCUGUCCGAUGACAUAUAAGACCAAGUAACGAGUUCUUGUCAAGUGUAAGGAAGUCAAGGCGAAGGCGCACUGGCAAAGGAACGUUGUGGUCUUGUAGAAAGGCGAAGCCACAACCUUCCUACUUGAGUAUUUCCAGGCUCCUCCUACAGUCACGGUCUGAUGAGCAGUGCUCAGUCGCAUCUUCAUGGUAAUCCAUUAUCCGUUUAUUAGAUCAGCUUCGAUGUCCUCGUGCCAGCAGAGGUCAUGAUAGGUACUUAUAACGAGAUGUCGUCCUCUUGUUGCUACAAAAACACUUCCCUUCGGAUCCUCAGUCUAGCUACUGAUCACUAAUAUGUUCGAGGACGUCCAAUUUAUCUUUCUCGACAUGUCUACUGCACUCGUGCAGGAGUGGGAGAAAGCUUUCGCUAAACACCUGGAUGAUUCCAUACACGAGAAGUUCACAUUUCUCAACUGCAAAUUGGAAGAUAUUCCUCCACCACAUAAUAAGUUCGACUGCAUCGUAUCUCCCGCAAACUCUUACGGUCGUCUCGAUGGCGGCUUCGACUACUACCUCUCAGAGGCAUUGGCUCCAUCUCACGAUCACGAUGCCCCCACAUGCCAUGUCCAAUCGGUUCUUUAUCGCGAAUGGAGGGGCUACGCUCCUCCAGGCACAUGCACCAUAAUCUCACUUCUAAACUCUCCCUGCGAGAACAACAUUCAUGGAUGUAGCUACAUCGGGUUAUGUCCCACCAUGCGCGUCCCUGAGGAAAUCACCUGGAACAGAGAGGUUAUCUACAAUUGCAUGUGGUCGCUACUCGUUCAGCUGGACAAGCACAAUACCGCCAUCCAGGCGGGUGGUGGUGCAGGUCGGAGAAUCCGUUCGGUGGUGAUACCAGGGUUAGGCACUGGAAUUGGUGAAGUGCCUAUAGAGCGCUGCGCUCAGCAGAUGGCUCUGGCGUUCAGAGAUUUCUUGCUCUCUGCAGGGAAUCCGGGGAAAUGGUCGUCGUUAAGUUGGGAUGAUGCAACUGAGAAUGCUGACGAUACUCGUGUAACGUAUGGAUCCCCUUCGAAGUGGUCUCGGCUGUUAUAGCUACGUUAACGCUACUCUUCUUUAUAUCCGCUUCUUGAUCAUAUACAAUAAACAUAGUCGGAACCCAUUCCGAGAUUUGAGCUC